AUGAACCCGGACGGGUCCAAGUUCGGCGCGGUGAAGGACGUCAUCCGCGAGCGCGCGGUCGUGGACGAGAAGUGCCCCAAGUGCGACAACAAGGGGCUCAACUUUUACACGAUGCAGCUGCGAAGCGUGGACGAGGGGCAGACCGUGUUCUACGAGUGUCCGAAGUGCGCGCACACGUUCUCGCAGAACAACUGA